CUUUAUUCUUAUCCCAUUAUAUGAAGUACUUUGCAAUUUUUUUUUAUAUUUUUAAUUUAAUAAAUGACGUCCCAUUUGUAUAGCGUGUCUUGAUAAUAAUAAUCCUAUUAAUUUAAUUUAUUAAUACAUAUUGUAAUAUAUUUGUAUUGAAAAAAAUGAACAUUCUUUAGUUUAAUCAAUUGUUCAGUUUCAAAAAACGUUACGAUCUAUAUAGAUCCCAUCUAUAGAUCAUCAUCUACAAAUCUACAAGAGUACAUGCCAGUAAUGAAAACCGAAAAUGGUUUUAGUUUAAAAUAUUUUUCAAAAAUUAAUCAUGUUAUACCGUGGGAGGAUUUAAAGAACGUACAAUGGAAAAACAAAAGAGCGUGUGGAAAGGAAGCAUAUUGUCCGACAAAAGUUGAACAUAUAGCUAAUGUUAUCACCCAUGGAGUAUGGGUGAUACCUAGUAUUUUUGGAUGGAAACUACUAUUACAAAGGGCAAAAACUUCUUCGCAAGUUUUAGCUGCAUUAGUUUAUGGUGCAAGUUUAGUUGCCCUAUUUAGUGUUUCCACCUGUUUUCAUUCAGUAUUUUAUUGUAAUCGAAAUAAACCAUUAAAAGAUGCGUUACAUAGAUGUGAUCGUGCUAUGAUCUAUAUAUUUAUUGCUGGGAGUUACUUCCCAUGGUUAACAAUUGUAUUAAAUGGCCAUACAGGUUUAACGGCAAUUAUGCAAUGGUUUGUUUGGCUAUUGGCAUUUUUAGGAAUUAUCUAUCAACAAUUAUUCCAUGAACGAUUUAAAAGUUUAGAAACGAUUUUUUAUUUAAUUAUGGGUAUUGGUCCUGCUUUACCAAUUAUAUCUGAGAAUGAUUUUAGUGGAAUGCGUGAACUGAAAAUUGGUGGAAUGAUUUAUGUGUUAGGGGUAAUUUUUUUCAAAGCUGACGGUUCCAUUCCAUGUGCUCAUGCUAUUUGGCAUAUAUUUGUAGUGGUGGCAGCAGGUGUACAUUAUUUUGCAAUUUUAUCACAUCUAUUCCCAGAAACAUAAUAUUCUGAAUAGAGCAUUUAAUUGUGGAACAAUAAAUCUAAGAGUAAAAGUCAUAUUUAAAAGUUUUUACAGGUGAUAAUUUAAAAAGUUUAAAAGCUUGUUUUUAGUAAUAAACAAUCAACUGCCAUUUUAAGUUUUAUUUAUUUAUUGUAAUAUUGGUGUACCAACUUAUUAGCAAUAAUCUUAGAUAUUAACCAUUUAUUCAAGUUUUCCAUCAUUCGCUUUAAUUUUCAUUUUAAUAAGUUUAAUCUUCGUUACUCUAACAACUUGCCUUGUGCCCUUGUCACAGAUACAAAUUUUAUUUUCUUCGUACCAUGAAUAAUAGGAUAAUAAUAAAUAUUGGAGCAAUUAUAACAUUUAAAAUGAAGCAAUUAUAAAAACUCUGACGAUAUACACAAAAUUUGAACACAUUAUAAUUGAAUACUUAAAAUUAUUGUACAUUGAGUGAGAUUUCCUAUGAUUAGCAUGAGGAAGGCGAAAAUUACUUGCUGUCUCAUCUUAAACAACAGCUAUCAUCAUCAUCAAUGUACAUCAUUUGAAUGACUGCUCAGUUAUAUUAUUUAUAGUUCUAGAUCUAUUCUUGCAGUCAUAAGCAGGCUUAAAUCUUAAAAAAACUGCAAUGAUCUAUGGAAUAACUAGACCAUUGAAAGAUUGGUAACUAGACCAUCAAUGAAAACUAAGUUCAUUCAUACAUUUGAACAGAUUUGUUGCAAAUUACUGUGGUUUAUAAAUAUCCAUUUAAGCAAAAAAGUGUGUGUAGCUUAUAACUAGCUUCAGUGAUCAUUUUAAGCUGUAUGUAACGAGAAUAUGAUCACAACACAGAUGAAGAAAAUAGUCUUCAGCAUUUUAUCUAUUCUUCAUGUUUUAUCCAUUAAAACUUUAAUCCAUCGCAUGUUUAUAGAAUAUAUAUGACAAUUUGACUUCAAUUUAGGUUUAUUGUUCCAUAAAAAUUGACAGUUUAUUCACAUAAUUAGU